AUGGAGUUUAUGACCGCUCUCCAGUCUGGCCUGGACGAACAGAAGCCAUCCCUCUUCGAGCUCCUCUCCGAACAACAACUAGGCUCUCUCAUACCACCAUCUCUGCGCUACUUGCUGGCAGUAGCGACACAUCGACAUCCUCGAUAUCUGCUCCGUGUACUGAAUUAUUUCGACGAAUUGAAUGCGCUGCUGUCGCUGCUCAUAGAACGACACUAUCUCAAAGUCUAUGGAGGAGGCUUUACGGAGAACUUCUAUGGCUUGAAGCGGGCAAGGGUGCUGAGAGUCAAGGGUGGAGAGGUGCGAAGGGCUCAACUAGGUGCGCCGGCUGAGAGAAAGUUGGACGAGAGCUACGAUAUCCAUGCGGCAUCCAUCAAUAUGCUUGGUCAAGCAUAUCAAGAUCGAGAGUCUUUCCCAGCAGAAGGAACGGUCAAGCAGAGAGCUAUGUGGCUGUACAAGUGGUUCUUGCGGAAAGUCUAUCCCAGCAUAAAUGCUGCUUACUUCUUCUCAUUACUGGCUUACAAUCUGGCCUAUCUUUUCGAUGGUUCAAAGUACCACUCACCAUUCUUAUGGCUGAUCGGGACAAGGAUCCGUCGUCUCAAUGCCGCAGACAGCAGAGCGAUUGCCAUGGCUACUCAGCCCAAAUCUGCAAGCCCUAGCGCUGGCGCAAGGCCUGGUCAGACGCCAUCGAUAUUCAGCCCAAGGACGAUGACCGGGACCGUGGGCCCUCGUCUCAUGUCGAGUCUCAAGAUACUGUUGCCCACUAGUAUCUUUGCGCUCAAGUUUUUAGAAUGGUGGCAUGCUUCGGACUUUGCACGUCAACUUAGCAGGAAAGCAAAUGAAGGCCUCGAGCUGCCACCGCCCAUCAUAUCAGGCCUGCCUACAACAGCACGAAACACCAAAUCUGGAACGGGGAACGAGAAGCCGAGUCUUUCUCGUCACGACUCCGGUGUUGACGGCCCACCAAUAUCUAGCACGACUGGUCUUCCGAUCCUCACAGUACCUGCUCCGGCGCAUACCGACCCCAACAGUGCAGAGAGCACCAACACCACUUCACUAUGCCCUAUCUGCGCUUCUGAGAUACAGACAUCAACUGCUGCGCAGACUGGCUAUGUGUACUGCUACACAUGCAUAUACAAAUGGGUGGAUGGUACACAUCCGCGCCAGGAAGCAUUCAUGGAAGGCACUAGUAGUGCCGAGGACGAAGAAGACGCCAAAGGAUGGUUUGAAGAAGGUGGUGGUAGCAGGGUCGGGAAGUGGGAGAGCGGCAAAGGCAGAGAUCCUGUCACUGGACGAAGGGUAUUAGGAGGGACUAAUGGGCUGAGGAGAGUCAUGGUGUGA